AUGUCAAGCGUUCAGUGGGAGGAAAAUGUCAGCUUACAAUGCUACAACACUUUCAAGAUUCAAGUGACUGCACGCUAUGUCGUCCGUAUCCAGAAUACCGGUCUCAACGAGCUCGUGCAGUCACCAUUGUUCCAAAAUCAUCGCCAUAUGAUCCUGGGAGGGGGAAGUAAUUUACUUUUUACCGAGAAGAUCUAUGAUGGCAUUGUUCUGAAGAACGAGAUUAUCGGAAUUGAAACCAUAUCUCAAGACGAUACGCAUACGUCGCUCAAGGUCGGCGGAGGCGUAACAUGGAGCUUGCUGGUUGACUAUUGUCUCGUCCACAAUCUUGGUGGUAUCGAGAACCUAUCCCUCAUUCCCGGCACUGUGGGCGCGGCUCCCAUUCAAAAUAUCGGUGCUUAUGGGGUGGAACUCAGCGAUGUUCUCGAAAGCGUGGAAAUUGUUGACUUGGCGGACGGCCAGACUCGCACCAUGAUGAGGGCCGAAUGUGAAUUUCGGUAUCGAGACAGCAUUUUCAAGCGCCUAAAGGAUGUAUUGAUUGCUACUAUAACCAUAAAGCUUACCAAUGCUCCUCACCAUCGACUGAAUACCACAUACGGCUCGGUCCAACAAGUUUUGAGUGAGCGAGAAAUCACUACACCUACCAUAUCGUCGGUCAGUGAGGUAGUAUGUCUAAUCCGCAGACGCAAACUGCCCGAUCCAAGAGAGUUGGGUAAUGCGGGAAGCUUUUUCCAAAAUGUUACCGUCGAUGAUUUUACUUGCAAGUCUAUCAAGAGCAAAUAUCCCGCACUGCCUGUUUUCCCGAAGGCAAAUGGGCUUCGCCUCAUUCCAGCAGCGUGGUUCAUCGAAAACUCUGGCUGGAAAGGCAGGCGGAUUGGCAGGGUUGGAGUUUAUCACAACCACGCUCUUAUUAUUGUCAAUUUUGGAGGGGCAGAUGGUGAUGAAGUGAAGGCGCUAUCAGAUCGGAUUACUAAGGAUGUUAUCUGUCAAUUUGGAGUGUGCCUUGUGCCUGAAGUAAACAUUAUUAGAUAG